CGCUGCUGCUGCUGCUUCUUCCUCGGGGGCGCGCGCGCCGUCCUCCAACGGCCCCCCCCGUCCCCAGCCGCUGGGCCAAGAUGGCGGCGCUGAGCAAGUCCAUCCCUCACAACUGCUACGAGAUCGGGCACACCUGGCACCCCCACUGCGGGAGGGCCUUCAUGCACGUCACCCAAGGGGCGCUGGGAGAGUCGCUCCGCAUCUAUGGGACCCUUUACCUGAUUGCUGCAAUUCUCCGGAAACGAAAACUUGAUUAUUAUUUGAACAAGCUGCUUCCUGAAAUCCUGCAAUCAACAUCCUUUCUUACAGCAAAUGGAAGUCUCUACAUUCUGUUUUUCUGCACUUUAAGGAGAAUACUUGGAAAAUUCUAUUUUUGGUCUCCUGGUUUUGGUGCUGCUUUACCAGCGUCCUAUAUAGCUAUUCUUAUUGAAAGGAAGAGCAGGAGGGGUCUGCUUACAAUUUACAUGGCUAACUUGGUGACUCCUUCUUCCAAGGAUGAAGGAAACUUUUGAUUGUUCAGCAGCUAGACUGCAUAUUUCCAGAAAUGGAGGACCAACAAUUAUUUUUUUUACCUGGGAGCUGUGGGAGAGCCCUUAAUGUGACUUAACAACACUUCUGUGUAUUAAAAGAUUGACCAACAUGUCUGAAGGCUACACACAAAGGCUUCCUCAUUUUUCUGUCUCCUCCUUCCCCUUCUCCGCCAAAUCUUGCCUGGUGAAAAGUUCUUAGAAGCAAUACCGUUUUCUAAACUUUGAAUUAGCCAGUGAAAGUACUGCCUCAGUACUGUAUUUGGAUAUUGGUUUGUUCCUUGUGAGUAGCAUACCUGCUUUUCCAUGUAAUACUGUAUAAAAAUGGUAUUAAAAUAAGUUGAUGUUUAGUUCUAAAAUGGGAGGUUUUCUUCCUUUAUUAUUGUAAUGGAAUUUGUCUGCCUUUUAUAAGAUAGCAGUCUUAAAGUAAAAUCUGAGUUUAAUAUAAGUACCACAGGAUGUUUGCUUCUUUAUUUCUUC